CUCUCCAUCCUGCCCAGGGAAAAUGAAUGAAUUAGCACCUCUUGUCCGGUAAGAAAUGAACCUAAUUUAUAAUCUAAUUAUGGUGAUGUCUCAGGGAUGAAAUUAGCAUUCUCUGUGUUUGCAUAUUUGGAUAAAUAUGGAAAUCAUCACGUCGUUAUUCCCAUUUUCAUUCACACGAGAGUGCACAUGAAUGUCACCCUCUUUAUGGUGUGAGCAUGAUUAUAUUGUAAACACUGUUUGCAAGCUGUGCUCAUCACUGAGCACAUAGCUUCAGCUAGCCUGUUUCUCUACUCAUUCAUCUUCUCCACUCUUAAUCUGGUGCCCAGCCAGCCUCGAAGCCUAGAAUGUGGGGGGAAAGCGUUAAUUAACAGCAAGCCACUGAUGAGCCUGAGACUUCCUUCUUUAAGUUUGCAUCCUGAAUCCCUCUCAGCUCUCCGAAUCAUCCCAGGCCAAAUCAGGUGCACCGAGCCACGAUUUAGCUUUUUUUAAAGGCACAAAUUUGUAUCUCCCCUUAUUUGAAAUAAAAUUGCUGCACAUGUUCAGCAUGGCUCACUAUCAUCUCCAUCCCUGCUCUGUUCGCCCUGUCUUCCCUCUCCCUCCCUCCCCUCAUCUCAGCCCAGGGCCCGUGGGAAGAUCUGACUCUGGGAGCAGACAGUCUGCAGCCCUGAAUAAAUGUAUAAGAGGGAGAAGGGGAAGGGAGGGCACAUUAGCAGGCAGAGAGAGCAGGGGCGGGAGAGAGAACAUAGCGAGUGUUGGAGGACAUACAUGCAGAGUGUACAGAUAGAGAGGAGGGAAGCAGAUCAGAACAGAGAGCAUUUUAGCUUCCUUCAGCUGUCUCUCCUCCCAGCACAAACACAUGCUCAUACACACUCCCAUCCUCUCUGCCUGACACACACAGCUGCUUUAGGGUAUACCAGUCGGCUUUGGCAGUCCUCUCCUCUUUGUUGUUUUUGCUAUUGGUUAGUCUCAGCGGCAGCGCGGCGUGCGCCUCAAUCGCCGGGGUGGGUGCGUGUGCAUGUGUGCGUGGAGUCUGCGAGGCGGUGUGUGAAGGAUGCCACUGGCGGUACCCGGAUGGAGGUGGAUGCAGACGAUAAGCGCCAUCGCACACGCUCCAAAGUGCCUGUGGAUCCAGCAUUAACAGAGCUUUUCAGUGUGUACGGCUGCCCUUUGGCCAAGAAAAGAAAGAGUCUAGACAGACAAACCCUGGAAACCUCCCCCAAGAGAAGCAGCUACCUGGAUGACAUGGACAACUCCACAAUGGAGGAGUGCUACGAAACAGAUGGGACCGAGGAGAUGGACGACAGGGAGGAGGAAGAGGAGGAGGGAGCUGUGGAGGAGGAGGGAGAAGUGGAAGAGGAGGAAGAAGAUAUGGAAGGAUAUAUGGACUAUAAUGUAGAACAAAUGGAGCAAGAAGAUGGAGAGGAGGAGGACAGAGGGGAAGGAGAAGGGGAUGAAGAAGAGGUGGAGGAAGAAGAGGAGGUAGAGGUGGAGCAAGAAGAGGAGGAGGAGAGUGAUGAAGUAAGGGUCGAGGAGGAAGAGGAAGCGGUAGAGGAGGUGGACUAUGAAGAAGGAGAGGAUGAUGAAGGAGAGCAGAAUCAAGAGCAAGAGGACGAUCAGAUGAGUACUGGCGAGGGGAAUGAUGGAGACGGUGGUGGCGGCGGAAAAUCCGGCCCGACAUCAGAGAAGGACGACAACAACAACAACGAGUAUGAAAACUACGAUGAGCUGGUGGCCAAGUCUCUCCUCAACCUAGGCAAGAUCGCAGAGGACGCCGCAAACCGCGCCAUGACAGAGUCCGAGAUGAACAGCAACUCCUCCAACAGCGCUGAGGACGAAGGAGAGGAAGAGGAAGAGGAAGAAGAGGAAGAAGAGGAGGAUGAAGAGGAGGAGGAGGAAGAGGAGGAAGAAGAGGAGGAGGAUGAUGAAGAAGGGGUAGGGGAUGAAACCCAGAGGGGAGAUCUGAGUUUGGAUGUGGACAGUGAUGUGGUUCGGGAAACGGUGGACUCCCUCAAACUGCUGGCGCAGGGACACGGGGCGGUUCUGUCCGACAGCUUGGACGGACAGGAGUUUGAGGACAGAAUGGUCGGGAACGAUGUCGACUGUUCCCACGGGGGUGGACAAAUAAAGACCACCAGUAAUGGACAAGUGGAAAACAGCGACGAGGAGGUGUGUUUAAGCAGUCUGGAGUGCCUAAGGAACCAAUGCUUCGACUUGGCUCGGAAACUAAGCGAGACAAAGCCCACCGAUCGAAACGGACCGUUGCAGCAGAACCAUUACUUAUGCGGGGACCCCAAUCAGCAGCCCCAGCAUCACGGCUACGGAGACUAUCACAGCAGCCAAGAGGACAGACGGACGCUUGAUAGGAACUAUUCCGACAUGGACAAUCUGAUGAAGCUGGAGGAGCAGCUGAGCCCACGCUCCAAGGCCUUCUCCAGCUGUGCACAGGACGAGCGGUAUCACAGCAACCACCGGGACUUCGACGAGGACACGGCCUCCGUGACAUCGGACCGAUCAGAGGAAGUAUUCGACAUGACGAAGGGGAAUCUGUCCCUGCUGGAGAAGGCGAUUGCACUAGAGUCCGAACGCGCCAAGGCGAUGCGGGAUAAAAUGGCAGCCGAGGUGGCCAGAAGAGACGGGGUGAGGUACGCUCACGAAAACCACGGCCCGCGUCACGGCUACGGCGUGGAGCGUAAAGCCCGCCUCCCCGAUGGUAUGAAGAAGCCUUUCUUCCAUAAAGAUGCUUCACGUGCAGACAAGAAGGAAAGCAGGUGUCCGACCCCGGGCUGUGACGGCACGGGGCAUGUGACGGGACUUUACCCCCACCAUCGCAGCCUGUCCGGCUGUCCACACAAAGACCGGGUGCCACCAGAAAUUGUGGCAAUGUAUGAGAAUGUUCUUAAGUGUCCUACACCUGGCUGCACGGGACGCGGCCAUGUCAAUAGCAACAGAAACUCCCACAGAAGUCUGUCAGGAUGUCCCAUAGCUGCCGCAGAGAAGCUGGCCAAAGCCCAGGAGAAACACCAGAGCUGCGACGGACCCAAGUCCAACCAGGCGUCCGACCGAGUCUUGAGGCCUAUGUGCUUUGUCAAACAACUGGACUAUCCACAGUAUGGUUACAAGAACAAUGUUUCCACCAGCACGCCCCGCUCCAACCUGGCCAAGGAACUGGAGAAGUACUCCAAGACCAGCUUCGACUACAGCGCCUUUGACGGCAGCAACAACCACCAAGUGUACGGGAAACGGGCCAUCGCACCCAAAGUUCACGGGCAAAGGGACAGCUCCCCCAAAGGAUAUGAUGCCAAACGUUACUGCAAGAACUCCAGCUCGGCCAGCAGCACCACCAGCACCUACGCUCCCAGCAGCAGCAACAGCAGCCUGAGCUGUGGGGGUGGCGGGGGAGGCGCCGGAGGAGGUGGAGGGGGCAGCAGCGCCAGCAGCACCUGCAGCAAGAGCAGCUUCGACUACAGUCACGACAUGGAGGCCGCCCACAUGGCGGCGACCGCCAUCCUCAACCUGUCCACACGCUGCCGGGAGAUGCCCCACGGGAUGGGGGGGAAGCCCCAGGACAUGUGCUCACAGAGUCCCGGUCUAGAUGUUGAUGAGAACGGUACGUUGGACCUGAGUUUGAGCAAGCGUCUGUGCAGCGGCGGUGCAGGGGACUCGGUGCUCACGCCUCUCGAGCCCAUGUCCCCCCAGCGGCAAGCCGCCCUGCUGGGCUCCCGCUGCUACGGCAUGGGGGACGCCGCAGACUGCUGGGACCUGCCUGUAGACUACACCAAGAUCAAACACAUAGACGAGGACGAGAAAGAGCCUGACGACCUGGAUCCCUUCCACGACCUUCUGGAGGACCGCUCCUACACCACGGACGUAAACAUGCCGAGCCCCAAGCCCAAGUACGCGCAGUGCAAGGAGAGUAAGAAGGACCUGAUAACAUGUCCCACACCGGGGUGUGAUGGAAGUGGUCACUUGACGAGCAAUUUCGCCUCACAUCGAAGUCUCUCAGGUUGUCCUUUAGCUGACAAAAGCAUUCGAAGUAUGCUGGCCAACAAUGCACAAGAGCUCAAGUGCCCGACACCAGGGUGCGACGGUUCGGGACAUAUCACUGGCAACUACGCCUCACACAGAAGUCUUUCAGGGUGUCCGCGGGCCAGAAAAAGUGGGAUAAAGAUCAUCCACAGUAAAGAGAAUAAGGAGGACCAGGAGCCCAUCAGGUGCCCGGUCCCGGGCUGCGACGGCCAGGGACACGUGACGGGGAAGUAUGCGUCCCACAGAAGUGCAUCGGGAUGUCCCAUCGCAGCCAAGAGACAGAAAGACGGCUACCUUAACGGCAUUCAGUUCACGUGGAAAUCUGGGAAGACAGAGGGCAUGUCCUGCCCGACACCGGGCUGCGACGGCUCGGGGCAUGUCAGCGGCAGCUUCCUGACACAUCGGAGUCUAUCAGGUUGUCCACGGGCCACCUCCGCCAUGAGGAAAGCCAGGCUCUCCGGAGUGGAAAUGCUAACAAUAAAGCAGCAACGAGGCAGCAACGGGCUGGACCACGAGGAGGAGAUCAAGCAGCUGGACGAAGAAAUCAAAGAUUUAAGUGAAUCCAAUUCACAAGUGGAGGCAGACAUGAUCAAACUCAGAACACAGAUCACAACCAUGGAGUCCAACUUGAAGUCCAUAGAGGAGGAAAACAAGAAACCACUGGCACACAAAGAGGCUCCUCUGAGGAACAACAGCUGCCUACAGCUGCACCAGCAAGAGCCCCUAAGCGAGCAGAACUUUGACGCCUACGUCACCACUCUAACGGAUAUGUACUCAAACCAAGACCAGUACCAGAGCGCAGAAAACAAGGCCCUGUUGGAAAACAUCAAGCAAGCAGUUCAAGGAAUCCAAGUGUAACCAUGCAGCGAGGGGAGGCCUUGCCCCCAGGCAGCGACGGUUCGGUGCAGUAACUUACAUAGUGUUAUAUAUUCUAAGUUCUGUUCUUAAAAAAAAGAGGUAUAUGCUUAGAAAAGACCUCAAAAUCAUUUCUUUCUUUUUUUUGGGUCUUGCUUUGAGGAAGAACAUAAAGGAGUAAACUGCAAAAUAGUUUUUGAGGACAUUCACAUUUUGUACGUUUUCAUAUGAGCUGACAUAGUGUCAUGUAAUGUUUCUAGCUGCUCAUGUAUGCACAUUUUUAGUGUAUAUUUCUGAACAGUACGCUACAGACAACGGAGGUUCUUUUUAUCGCUCGACAACGAAGCAUUUUAGAUGAAAAAAGUGGAAAUAAAAAUGUAAAAACUACAAGCAGGGAGGAAGCUACUUAUUUUUCUCCUCAGUGGACGAUUUUGGACUUGAUGUUUUUUUUUCUUCUUCGUCUUCUUCUUCUUCUUCUUGCGUGUAGAUUGUUCAAGAGCAAAACUGGUUUGCGAAUUGCUUUAUUUUCUGAAGAUGCUUGAGAAACGUUUGUGCUUUUGUUUCUGAAGAGGAGUAAAAAGAUGUGUCGCUGUAGGUGGGGGCGUUUUUAAUCGGUGCUGUAAACGACUUCCGGGGAGGAAACUGACCUGACGUAUGUAUGAAUGUAUGAAUGAACAGUUAUAUUGUAAACAUCAUUACACGGAAACCCGAUGGUGGAAAUCCCAUUCCCGUAUCUAGGAGAGCCAAUUUGCUCCUACAGGAACACGUCACGCGUGGUCACAUGAUCAUCUUUAAUUAGUCCGACGUAGAAAAGAUGUGAAAGACAAUUAGCUGCAGAGGCCACAGUUUAGCCUCUCUAGCAUCAAAUCUGCUCAAUUUUGUGUUGCUCGGAUCAUGAAACGUCUCAGCAAUAUAGCUACUAAAUCAUUUGUUUAUAGGAGGUGUACGCGAUGCAAUCUGCAAAGGAAAUAAAAAGGUUGGGUAUAUGCAAUUUCUUGUUUAUAAGCAUAGCGGGGUAACAUGAAUCUUUUUAAUAUAGCCUAUGUAAAAUAUUGAUUUUUAUACAAAUCUUUUAAUACAAAAGUCUUUUUAAAAAAGAGGAGGGAACCUGGAAAUUGAGUUUUAGAGGCAAAAGUAUAUGAGUUCCACUUUUUUUCUGUACGAUUUUGCACAGGGACACCUUCGUUUCCAUGUUUUGAUGUUCUUACAGAAAACUAAAAGCAGUACCCGAGAGCCUGAAGACGGUUUCCGAGGGUUUUGUAAAGAGAAUUUAUAGAGUAUGACGGCGGGACUUACAGGGUCACUGUCCCCACUUAUGUGCCAGUAGACUAUUUGCACUUGUCCUUGAAGAUAUUAUCCUUGCGUAUGGCGGCGUGCAAUUUUCCAGGUGACCUCUUUGGCACACGAUUGGAGCAACCAACUGCUUGGAGCCACUGCAGGUGUGGAUUUACUACCACGGAGGCAAAGAGAGGAAGAACAGGGACUUUGAAAUCAGACAAAAAGGAUGAUUAUUAGCAUCUGUUAUCAAGUGUAAAAACAUGAACAAAGUUCUUUCAUUUUUGCUAUGUUUUAGGAAGAUGAAGUUAUCCCCCAGCAGCACUUUAUAUCUAAUCACUGUACAAAGGAUUAAAUAGUCAAUCAAUUCAAGGUUUUAAAAUAAAAAAGAAAUAAAAAAAGCAGAGGAGGCGAAGGCUUGGAAACCUUUGCGGGGUGAUACAAUCUAGCGUCACAUCUUUAUGCCUGAGAGUACGCACCCUCCAUCCUGUUAUCCUAGUUGUUAGCGAUCAUGUUCAGAAUUUGCCUUUUUGAGAGCUAAUGCAAAAGGUGCUUGUGGUUCACCUGACUGAAUCUCAUCUAUUGUACUUUACUGUCCUGGUUCAGGACUCUACUACCCAUCAUCCAUGACUGCAUACGCCUUUUUCCACAGCAUCGUGUCUGCAGCUUUUUGCCAAUAUAGUAAUGCUUCAGUAGAGUAAAUAGCUAGUACCAGUUUUUGAAUUAAUUCUCAUUAUGGGUGAAAAUGGAAAAAGGGAUUUUAAAGCACAAACCGGCUGCUCAUCUGAUGUUGGUGCAUUAAUAAAUCUGAAAAGAGUUAUCUGUGACUAUCUAUAGGGAACACAAAAAGGGUUGUCACAUAUUUAGAAUGCUGAAUUUUCAUAUAAAUUAUUGUGAAUUCAUCAGAGUUUAUUAUUUUGUUUGAGCCAGUUCAUUUUGAAGUUGAUUUCAGUGACCAUUAACAAAGACGGGAUUUUGUAUAAACUAUUGUGCUCUCUGUGGAACUGAAGUUUGAUUUAUUUUUUUACUACACAGCAUGGAUUUGUUGACAUUUUAAUUUUGCUAUAAAUGUGUGAGAUCACAAGUUGCUGUGAUAUUUCAUUUAUAAAUUGUGAACUUUGUACAAUUUUUGUCAUGCUGGAUGUUGACACAUCUUACUCAGAAUAAAGAAAAAUGUGUUGCCA